AUGGCGUCCUUCGCCAAUCCUACGCAAAUCUUCGCGGACGACGUGAUCGAGGAGAAGGGAGAGAAUGCACGUCUCUCCGCCUUUGUCGGUGCCAUUGCAGUUGGUGACUUGGUGAAGACGACGCUGGGACCCAAGGGAAUGGACAAGAUCUUACAAUCAGCAUCGACCGGCGAUAUCCUCGUGACAAAUGACGGUGCUACGAUCCUCAAGGCGAUUGCCCUCGAUAACGCCGCGGCCAAGGUGCUGGUCAACAUCUCCAAGGUUCAGGAUGACGAAGUCGGUGACGGAACAACAUCGGUGACCGUAUUGGCCGCAGAACUCCUCCGGGAGGCUGAAAAGCUCGUGGAUCGCAAGAUUCACCCCCAGACCAUCAUCGAGGGUUACCGGAUAGCCAGCCAGGCUGCCCUCGCCGCUCUCGAAAAGGCCGCCGUCGACCGCAGCAAGGACACGGAGGCGUUCCGGAAAGACCUCCACUCCAUCGCCCGUACUACCCUCAGCUCCAAGGUCCUGUCCCAGGACCGCGACCACUUCGCCUCUCUUGCCUGUGACGCCGUGCUACGUCUCAAGGGCUCGACCGAUCUCAGUCAUAUCCAGAUUAUCAAGAAGGCUGGUGGAAAGCUCAGCGACUCCUACCUUGACGAAGGAUUCAUUCUCGACAAGAAGAUCGGUGUCAACCAGCCCAAGCGUCUGGAGAAGGCCAAGAUUCUGGUGGCCAACACUGCUAUGGACACGGACAAGGUGAAGAUCUUUGGCGCUCGGGUGAAGGUCGAGUCGACGGGCAAGCUUGCAGAGCUGGAGAAGGCCGAGCGUGAGAAGAUGCGCGCCAAGGUUGAGCGGAUCAAGGCUCACGGUAUCAACUGCUUUGUUAACCGCCAGCUGAUCUACAACUGGCCCGAGCAGCUGUUCACCGAGGCUGGUAUCAUGUCGAUUGAGCACGCCGACUUUGACGGCAUUGAGCGUCUGGCUCUCGUCACUGGUGGCGAGAUCGCCUCGACCUUCGAGCACCCCGAGCAGGUCAAGCUGGGUGAGUGUGACCUGAUCGAGGAAGUCAUUGUGGGUGAAGACACCCUCAUCAAGUUCUCGGGCGUUGCUGCCGGUCAGGCAUGCACAAUCGUGCUGCGUGGUGCUACAGAGCAACUGCUUGACGAGGCUGAGCGGUCGCUGCACGACGCUCUGGCUGUUCUCUCGCAGACUGUCAAGGACCCUCGGGUGACACUGGGUGGUGGCUGUGCCGAGAUGGUCAUGUCCAAGGCUGUUGAGCACGCGGCCCAGAACACAACUGGCAAGAAACAGCUUGCAGUCGACUCGUUCGCACACGCUCUGAAGCAGCUCCCGACCAUCCUGGCAGACAACGCCGGUCUGGACUCGAGCGAUCUGGUGACCCGGCUACGGCAGGCGAUCAACAACGGCAUGUCCAGCUCUGGGUUGGACCUGUUGACGCCCGGUGGCGGUAUUGCGGACAUGCGCGAGUUGGGUGUUGUGGAGAGUUACAAGUUGAAGAAGGCAGUUGUGUCUUCCGCUUCCGAGGCGGCUGAGCUUCUGCUGCGUGUGGACAACAUCAUCCGUGCUGCUCCUCGCCGUCGCGAGCGUAUGUAA